AGAGCUCGUCGUUGCUUCCUCGUAACGGUCUCGGUGGGCGGCGGGCGAACCAUGGCCAGCCGGAGGAGCCUGCGAAGACAGCAGCCGGAGGAGGAACCGCAAAGGCGCAGGAAGUCAUUGCGGUUGGCAAAGGAAAAGACUGCACCCUUCAAUUAUCAAAGAUCUUUAGCUUAUCAGGCACCUGCCAACUCUGCACAGUUGGAUGUUGUGACACCUCGAACUGUUUUUAAGAAAGUCCUGCAGACACAGCCAAUUGUUUCUCCUCUUGUUUCUGAGAAACCUGAUUCUCCAAAACCAGUUGAUACAAUUUUCCAUUUUCCUGUGAAGCUUGGUUCUUCCAGCAGUCUAGAAGUCAGCCUGUCCGACUCCAUUCCGAGUCAGAAGCAUAGGAUUGCACGGCAUACAACGAGAUCGAAAAAGGUCCGUGUCUCUGAAUUUGAAAGAAAUCUGAAUAACCAGCUUCACUCCAGCACAUCAGCAGAAAACAACCCCGAAGACCAGAAAACUACAACGCCCCAAUCAAACAACACCGAGGCUCUUUCGACGGAGACAGAACUCUUCCUCCCACCUCAUUCCAGGGAGGAGGAUGAGACGGAGCCGUCUAAUGUCCUCCCGGAACCGGAUUUGGCAAGGCAAUCUUUAGGUCGUAGGAGCGUGCCAUCCCUUCACCAAACACGGUUAGCCAGACAGGAGGAAAUAUCUGGCAUGGAAGUUGAAAAAGUGGCUGAAAGCAGCCCCCCCCAGAUUUUGAUGCCAGGAACCGAAAGUACCAUUGAAGCAGAAACUGAAUCCAUGGAAAAGGAGGAGAGUUACCAAGAAAAGUGCCAAGAAAGCUCACAGGACGGAGGAAAAGAAUCGAGGCCCAGUCUGGGAAAGGAGAAGUUAACUCCAGGUCCCGAAGAUGCCAAAGGCAGCAUAGAAAGCAUUUCCCAGAAAAGAAUAGUCACGCCUCAAAGGCAACAGCGAACGCAUUUUCAUGGAAGCAGUCCUGAUGAGGAACUCUUCACUCUCAUAGAGUCUUUGAAGACUGGCCUGGGCACAAGAAGAUCAUCCACACCAAUCAACGCUGAGCUCCCAAGAGCAUCUCAAAGACAUUUCUCAACUUGGCUGAGUAGAAAAACUGUCAGCCGUUCAGUGAAUGAGAUGGCGGCACUCAUCACCAAGGAGCUGGAUAACAUUAUCCCAGAACUUGCAGGACAGGAUAUGGCCAAGAUUGACGCAGGAGAAGGAGCUUCCCUUCGUGAAAUAAGUAAGUGGACAUGGCUGAUAGUUAGCCAAUUGAUGUGUGGAAGCCUUUGCGAGAAUUAUGUGGAAAAGUGCUCUGAAUGGAGGAUAUUAAAAUCUGCCCAGCUCCUAGCUUGUGAGUUACUACGACAUGAAGCCAGACAGGCAAUGAGAGAUAGAACAAAUCCACAAACAGGUGAUAGAAAUAGAACAAAUGAAAUGAAUGUGGAAACUGAACAGAUUCUGGAGUUUGAAGCUGAAGACAAUACAGAAGUCGAGGAGAUGUCAGAAUCUGAGGAUGUUGAACCAACUGGCAGUACACCAGCCUUUGUCCGCACUAAAGCUUUUCACUGUACACCACUGCUGUCCAGCCCACGUGUAUCGAAAGAAGUGGCUUCUGGGUCGCCGGUGAAACGGAAUUUGGUUCAACGGGUUCCAAAGCCAGCUAAAAAAGCCCGCCGGGAAAAACAGGAGCCGUCCCUCCCCAGCACCUUGGUGAAAAAAAUGUUCACCCACUACGUCAAGAUGCCAGUAACCAAAGAGGCGUUGCAAGUUGUGGAUAGGUGCGUGAAUGUGUACUUCAAGCAUCUGAGCAACGACCUGGAAGCCUACGUGAAUCAUGCUCGACGGAAGACAGCAGAGCCGGCUGACCUGGAACUCCUGAUGAGGCGGCAAGGGCUGAUAACAGACAAGAUGCCUCUAAAUGUGCUGGUCGAGCGACACUUGCCCUUGGAGUACAGGAAGCUGCUAAUCCCUGUCGCCGUCAGUGGGAACAAAGUGAUCCCUCAGAAGCUGAAGUGAGAAGCCGAACUGCUCGGUUGCCAGAGACAGAACCUUUGUCAUUUGGAAACAAGCAGUGGAGGAAGAUGAUCUCCUAAGAUUCUGGACUAGAACCGAUGUAGAUUUGUCCGUAAGACAUAAUCAUUUACAUGGCAUUUAACUUAAGCAUGGCACCUUCUCAGAAACAAGCUGAAUUGCACUUAUUGUGUCUCAGUUACUGCGUACAGAAGGAACCUUGUUUUUCUGUCUGUACCAGGGUUGCAAGUUCUAUUUUGUACAAAAAAAAAAAAAAAAAAAAUGCAGCCCAAAACAUUCUGUAUUACCUUGGAAUAAAACUAUUUUCUCUGUACUCUUGUUCUCAAGCAAGCAAAAACCUGUGGUCUUAUACCAAUUUUACUAAACCUUUCCUUGUAUUCUGAAGAUACUGGACACUUUUUGUAAUUUUAGCUGUUUUUCUUUCAUGAUUAUAA